AUGUCUAUUAUUCGGAGAGAGUUCAAAGCAGAGUUCCCCACUUGGAUAUCCCAGUUACCAAGAGUUGAGGAAAAAUGGAGUGCAGAAUUACAGGCCCUCGAGGGCCAUUCGGACUCGGUUUCCUCGGUAGCCUUCUCGCCCGACGGCCGGCUGCUAGCGUCUGGCUCCCGCGAUCGCACUAUGCGGCUCUGGGACACGGCAACGGGCAGCCUGCAGCAGACUCUUAAACAUUCGGACUGGGUUCUCUCAAUGGCCUUCUCGCCCGACGGCCGGCGGCUGGCAGCUAGCUCCUGCGAUGGUACCGUGCUCUGGGACACGGCGACAGGCGGCCUGCAGCAGACUCUUAAGAGCCAUUCGGACUCGGUUUCCUCGGUGGCCUUCUCGCCCGACGGCCGGCUGCUGGCGUCUGGCGCCCGCGAUCGCGCCGUGCGGCUCUGGGACACGGCGACGGGCGACCUACAGCAGACUUUGAACGCCAAGGGAGCUGUCACCAGACUCGAAUUUUCUCAUAAAGGUUCAUAUCUGAUCUCCAAUUCAGGCAUCCUCGAUGUUCAGUCCGGGCACGAAAAUCAUGCUUCUAAUUUAACCAAUAGGAAUUUGGCGAUCUUCAUUGAGCAAGGACAGUGGGUUAACCUGAACGGUAAAAGUGUACUACGGCUUCCUCCUGAGUUUCAGCCUAGUUGUUCCGCGAUUAGUGGGGAUUUACUUGCCUUGGGACACGCAUCAGGGCGGGUUUCUUUCAUACAAUUUUGUUUAUAG